CGCAAGUCAACCCGGAAGACAAUAAAUACAGUGGAAUUGUAUAAGUAACCUACAGUCUGCAGCAGAAAUGCCGACAUCCCCUGUGAAAACUCGGAUACCCCUGACCAGCUUCGGUCAUCUCAUCACAGAGGUGAAGAAGCAGCUGUUUGGAAUGGAAUCGCCUUCGCCUGUGCAGCUGACCGGUUGGAGGAAACACUUCAAUAGCUACACACUGCAGGGACGCAGAAAUUGCGUCUUGGCUACGUAUGGGAUCUUGGGGACCUUGGCUGCUGCUUACCUGAUGAACAAAAAGCACCAAGAUGGAAAACAGACGCAUUCUGCUUCCAUGCAUUAAAGCUUCUCCUGUUCAACUGUUAUUUAUUAAAGGAAACCACAUCCUGGCGUCUCUCAGCCGUUAGCUGAAUGUUGCAUGUUAAUAAAAGCUGCAUUCAUGCCUUUCUGGUAAUUGUGUUAUUGAAUUUAGCCUGAACAGGACAACAUUUAGUCAGUUUGUUCAGUCUCGUUCUUUUUCACGUGAUGCUCAUCUCCUACAAUUACGCUGCAGCUCAGGAUUGUAUUCUCUAUUUUCUCAUGUCUUUGUAACGCUGUUGCAUAAGAAAAGUUG